AACAGUGCUCCCACUCCCAAUAUUUAUUUUAUAAGCUCGACAUUACAAUAAAUCGAACACAAAACGAAGGUCACAUAUUAUAUAUAUAUAUAUAUAUAUAUAUAUAUAGCAGAUGUCGCAAUAGAUCGCUGUAGCGGAGCAACCAACAUGAAUCGCAAUCGAAUCAAUCAGAUACGCCAGUUAGAUCGCGGCCAGGAGGGACUGCCGCAAGUCAUCCAAAUGCAGGGACAGGCACAGGUUCAGCUGGGCGGCGACCAGGGUAAUCACGUCGGCAACGAGGGACAAGCGACGGGCAAUCAGAAUGUCCGCCGCAAGAUGACCUACACCAGAACGGAGAUGCUGUCGCGUGGCCUGCCCACCGUUAACAACAGCAAUCGUUCGGCUCGAAACUGCAACACAGCUGGACAGGAUUGGACCAGUCAAUUGUCGCCCAGACAUCGUUACGCACAACCACCAAAGUCCGGAAUACCGGUCCCUCCGUUGUUCCUAAGCAGCACCCAUGCAAGCACCAAUAAGAAUGUCACCACUGCCAGUCGUCAGCGUAGUUUCCUGCCCCGAGUGGCCAAAUUGCCAAACAGAGCGGACAAAUCGCCGAGGAAGAAUCAAUAUCGCGAAGCUCUGACCACUGAGGUCACGGUGGAGCAAUCUCAGACGUUGCCAUUGGGCAAUCACAAGGCUAAACAUUUGGUGAAUACACCACAUGACAGCGAGAGCAGCAUUCUGCAGGACGGCAGUGAUGAUAAGCUAAUAAGCGACAGCGGCAGCUCAAUGGAUCACGACAAGAUCAAAUUGGCCAAGGCCAUACGCCUGCCGGAUGAGGGGAACAAGAGUUUCGUCUAUGUAUGCAAGCCGGUGAAGAAGGUCAAAGCUCUGUUGACUGCCAGAAAAUUGCGCGCUAGCAGCGAGCACUUGAAUGGCCCAAAGGAUGGUGAGUUUAGCUUGCAGGAACAGGAGACAUUCAAGCUGCAGAGGACCAUUUCCGAGGAGGCUCUAUGCAGCCGUGGCGCCGGCGAGGGAUACACACUCUCGCCCGUCGAGGGACUGGCACAGAGCACAUCGACCACCUCCAGCCAGUUGGAUAGUCCCACAUUGGCGGCCAUGCUGCAGCGCCAGCAGCAAUUCGAGUCGAAGGCGGUUGGCAGUCAGGACCGUUUGAGGUUGCAAUUGGAGGAGGUGUGCCACAGGCACAAUAAUCAGCGCCAGCUGGAAAAGGAUCAGUACGAGAAGGAGCAGCGCCAAUUGGAAUUGGAUCAGGUGUCAAAGAAACUGCCCGUGCUGCAGCAUGAGAUACAUAUGCUGCAUAAGGUGAGCGAAAAACUGGAGGCGACACUAAGGGCCACCAAUAUACCCAAGCCGAGAAGCAACGUAAUCAUUACGGAUAUAAGCCGGCAAUCAUCUGGACGUUUCUACACACCGCGCACCAGUCCCAAUCAAUUGGACGAGCUGCCCAUUAGGAAAUUGUGUUGUUUGCGCUUGGAAUAUAUACCAGCUAUUGAGAUGCGGGCACGCAUCAUUGGCACCGUUUGCCAUGUGGGCUUUGUCCAAGAGUUUCGCAUCGAGACCAAAACACUUAACGAGCUAAAGACGGCGGAUGAGUCGCAAUGCUUCUAUUUACCGGCACCCAAAGAGGAACCGCCAUUGGUCCAGCUCAACGAGGAUGAUCCAUUGCAGUGCACCAACUUUCGUCAGUUGCGUAAGAAUCCGAAUAUGCUGUUUCAGCAACUGCGAAAAGUGCCCGGCGCUGGGGGAUCCUUUAAUCUUUUGGAUCAGGACACAAUGUUCUUCAAUAGUCUGGCCUAUGCGGAUUCAAAAAUCAUGGAUGCUAACACCGUCGAACAGCUUGAGGUGGCCACACGCGAGGCGGGUGGCGGUGGAGCAACUAUGGCCCAUUAUGGCGGAGCCAUUGCCUAUUCACGCCUCUCGGUGCGUCUCAACGAAGUGGGCGUGGAUGAUGCUGCUGCUGCUGCUGCUCCUCCUACUCCUGCAGUGAAAUCAGAGGAGCAGGGCGAUCGUCUAACUGAAUGUCCUUGUCAGGUGAACAAUACCACUCAAACGGACGUGGAAUUGUCCAAGUUGGAGAAAAUUCGAGAAGCGGAAGAGGAAAUUAGUUCACCAGACUUUACACCCAAUCCCAGUCCCAGGACAAGGAAGCGAAUGAAAGUGGAGGAGCCGAACGGCAAAGUGCAAGAGGAAGACGCGUUGGAAUCCAAUCUCGAUUCGCGACCAAAGAAGACCAGGAAAGUAAUAACUCGUAGAGCGCCCGAUCCACCCGUUCGUUGUGACGUGGAGCCCAAGGUGCGUUUGAAGUUGCUCAAAACCGUAUUGGUGGGAAUGGUCCAGAUCGCUGUUAUAUUAGUUCUCAUCAUGGCCAUCGGAUCUCCGGAUAUUAUCUGCUAAGCUACACAACCAUCGAAAUAUUGCCAAGAUGCCAUAGAAAAAGAAGCAGUGAAUGCAAAAGUAGGAGAGAGAAAAACUGUAGCGGGAAAUGUGGCGAUAAUAGCAAGUAGCGGGAAAAGCACCGAUAACCGGAUUCGGUGUUUGAUUUCACAUUAUUUUUCGAAUUUAUUGUUUUCUUACUCGGGCCCAAGCGAAGCCACGUCAAAGUUAAUAAAAUUUCAUGUGUAUUGC